AAGAAGAAGAGAAGAAAGGAAACACUAAAAAGGGUGAUAUGGGUAGACCACCUUGCUGUGAUAAAGUUGGUGUUAAGAAAGGACCUUGGACUCCUGAAGAAGAUAUCAUCUUGGUUUCUUAUAUCCAAGAACAUGGCCCUGGGAAUUGGAGAUCUAUUCCUUCUAAUACUGGUUUGCUUAGAUGCAGUAAGAGUUGCAGGCUUAGAUGGACUAACUACCUAAGGCCAGGGAUCAAACGUGGAAACUUCACUGAACAUGAAGAGAAGAUGAUAAUCCACCUUCAAGCUCUUUUGGGCAAUAGAUGGGCUGCCAUAGCUUCUUACCUUCCACAAAGAACAGAUAAUGAUAUCAAGAAUUACUGGAAUACCCAUUUAAAAAAGAAGCUUAAGAAGCUUCAAACAGGUCUUGAUGGCAAAAACAGAGAUGGGUUUUCAAGUUCACAGCAAAUCUCCAAAGGUCAGUGGGAGAGAAGGCUUCAAACUGAUAUUAACAUGGCUAGACAAGCUUUAUGUGAAGCCUUGUCUUUGGAAGAGAAGCCAAGCAAUUUGGGUGACUUGAAAGCUUCCAAUGGCUAUUAUUCUUACAUGAAACCAACUCAGACAUCAACAUAUGCAUCAAGCACAGAGAACAUAUCAAGAUUGCUUCAAGGUUGGAUGAAAAAUUCAACAAAAUCUUCUAAAACUACCUCAGAGACUACUCAGAAUUCCUCCACAAAUGUGGGUGGAACUGAUUCUACUUCUAGUCAAGGUACCCCAAGUGCUGCUAACAAUGACACUGUUUCACCUGAUUCUUUGGAAUCACUGUUUGGAGAUGUCUCUCAAUCUGUUUCUCCGGAUGAUACAGUCAAUUUCUUCCAAUAUGAAAGCAAGCCAAUUCUGGGAAGUGAAGCUUCUCUUUCUUUGCUUGAGAAAUGGUUGUUGGGUGAAGGUUCUGCUCAUGGACAUGAAGAGGAUCUGAUGGAGGCUUCACUACGUGACACAGCAGAAUUGUUUUGAAGUGCUUCCUUUUUCCUUUUUUGGGAAUUAUAACUUGGAAUUCUUCUUGUUUGUUUAAUUUUCCUUUGUUUCCUUAUUU